CAUGACAAGAGAAGGUAACUGUUAACCAGAGUGUCAGAUGAAAGCCAGCUACCAGCUCGUGCACACUGCGUUUACACUGAAAUUACCCCAAAAGCAAGCAGGUGGUUACCUGAAGAUUCAUGACAAAGCUUCGGACGACAUAUUUAUCCGUCCGGGGAUAUUUUUCUCGUAACGCUUUCAGAGGAAUUGAUAGAGUUGGAGCUGCCGUUUUUUGCCGUUCUUCACCGCAAGGACAUGCUAUGGAAGGAAGAGCCUUAAAGUGAAGAAGACCAAACCAAGCAGCCCAAAAUAACCUCCCAAAACUUUGGUUUUCUCUUCGGACUGAGCCUUCUCUUCUUAACCGGAUGAAAUGCCUUGAUCCUACCCCCACCACGCCAUGGCAGGUUUAGUCUCCACCGUGGGUUUGAUGGUGAUGCUCGAGGCUCUGAUGCACGCCCAUGGCCGGCGUGCAGCGUUUCUGGGGAUCACGGUGUUGGUAACAGUGAUCGCAGCUGACUCACCUGUUGCAGAUGAGUCUCCGCUGGACUCCACACACCACCCCAUGGGACGUCUGGGAGAUAUUCCAGAGCCCCCGGGGUCAUCACCAUCGGCCUUACCAGACUCUUAUUACACUGCCUUUGAGAGCCCAGACUCACCUGGUGCCCUGCCAUCAGUUCCUCAACCAAUCCAUGAAGCCAGGACUGCUGAGGCAACUGCUUAUGAGAACUCCAAAUCCAACACACCGAGGGAUGCUCUCACAGAAGAGCCACAUACACUCACAAGUCCCCCCUUGAGCCCCUUUGAGCCUGUACUUGGUUCUGGUCCACAACUUGAGGCAGACUGGAAAAUGAGUACUACAAAUUCAGAUCACAAGUUCUCUUCUCCCUCCCCAACUCCUACAACGUCCCAGCCACGGCUCCAGUCAAAUACGUCCUCAACAUCGCUAAGCCCCUCUGCUUUUACCGGAUCAAAACCUCAGCUAAGUCUUAACUCUGAGCAGGAAGCAACUUUUAGCAAGCAGCAGGGUGGUGCGUCAGCGCAAACGCUUGCAAUCAUGGCCUCAAAACCUGGCCAGCCUUCUCCUGAGCCUCCUAAUCUGGCUUUUGCUGACUCUUUACCAGAUGAAUUUUAUAGUAAAAUCAUGGAUGAAAACCAGCUGAGCCCCAGCAGUGCCCCUUUGAAGGAGAGCAAACGGCCACAUUUCAUCAACAUGCUACCCAACCAAGAUGAAAUUCUGUCUCUUGGCUACAAUGUGCCUUUCAUCGCCGCCCAACCCUCAUCACCUUCUUCUGAGCCCACUGAGGUUUCUCCAGAGGACUUCUACCCCACCAACACCAUGGAAUUGGACUGGGGGUCUGGGGACUACUUGGAGACCAUGUCCUUCUUUGAUACAGAUAGAGACGACUACUCUCUGGUCACCAAGGUGCCCUCUGACUCGUAUGAUAUGGAGGACUAUACAGAAACCUAUGACACAUCCUUCCCGUCCAGGGUGGGCAUAUCCCCCUCAUCUUUGCACCCUCUUCAUGUCUCGCCAUCCCCCAGCCUCGUAACAGCAUACAUCGGUCCACUGAAAUCCAUUUAUCCUUCCUCAUUUUCCACUACAGUUCAGUUUACAGUGGAACCCACUCCCACAGCUGACAGUGAUAUACCCGACUUAUCAGACAUAGACUGGCCAGAUACUUUCACAAUCCAGCCAACAGAUGUCCUCUUACCUGACAUGAACAGCUUGGAGUACUACACCACUCAGCUGACCAAGGAGAACAACGGUUCAGACGCUGGAGCUGAACACAGAGGGAAUGUCACUGUGGUGUCUAUCAGUUCUACAGACAUCACACCAACCAGUGGCUCCAACAACAACACAAAACUGACUGAGGAUGAGUCCUCCAGUGAUCUGUCUGGGUUUGAGCCUCACGAUGAAUCGUCCACGUUAGUACCUACGGAGGAGAGUCCUGUUUUGGUCAAUGCCUCUGAGCCUUUUCUCGAUCCUUCAAUAGUCCCAAACCACUACCUUGAUCCCUCUUCUACCAUGUGGAGUGGGCAGGUGUCCACCACAGACUGGUCUCCACAUGUACUCACUGUUAGCCUUAACGGAACUGCAGUAACAGAAGCUGUGCAGCCCACACCUCUGCUGCCAGAUGAUUUAAUAUCUCCAUCCUCUCUGACGGACGUCCAUUGGUUUGUUACAGAGUCUUUCCCAACUGUAGCCUUCUCACCUGCUCCCACUGAACCCGCUGUCAACGACACAGAAUUAAUUCCCCAGGACUCUACUUUUACUGAGCAAACUUCAGUUUCCACUGAAUCCACAUCCCAUAACGUCACUCUGCCCCCCCUUGUUGUCUCGGGUAGUGAGGGGGUGACUGAAGAUGGAGUUGACAUCCCCGCCACAGUGACCUUGAUCCCAACAGGCAGUGAAGUUAAUACAGACUCUGCUGCACCCAAAAGUACAACUGCCACAAAUACUCCUCAUCAAGCUACAACUAGAUUUACAGCCACCACUAAAGCCUCAACCAGUGUCAACGUCAUCCCCACCACUGGGGCUACGACCGCAGCUACAACGUCAAGACAAUACCUCUGUGACCUUGGCAGGCCAGCUUAUUUAAUAAAAAUAGGUUUUCCUUCUGGAGCAACUGUUGGAUAUGCCAAAUCUCAAGUCAGAGACAUACUGAAAGGGGAAUUCAACAAAUCAGUGGAGCUACAGGUUGUGGACCCCCCACCUAAAUUCAUGUUUCGCGUCGUGUCUGGUCCCGUUGUGUACACGGCCAUAUCCGUCAUCAAUGCUCUGCGAAGGUCUGGCCGCCGUUUCCUGUCUGUGUCUCCCAACUGGAUGACACCAGACAGUAAAUAUCAAGUCCACUCUGUGCUGCAGUUUGUUCCCGCUCACAUAGACGUCCGGUUCUGCAACUUCAGUGAGAGCAUCGAGAAAGGCUUGACCAAGGCCUUUGCAGAAGUACGCCGGCGCUCAAAGGAGUCGACCAACUUCACAGUUCAUAUUGUAAACAUCACCAUGGCUGCACCUAAAUAUGAGGAUCACCGACUUGUGAGACAGCCGGUGGACAUCACCUUCACUGUUCGUGGUUCAAGAGGUUAUCUGAUGGGUUCAGAGGUCAGCAACGCUCUGAUGAAGCUCACAAUGGUGGAAUUCAGUUAUUACAUGGGCUUUCCCGUACUACAGAUAGCUGAACCUUUUCAUUAUCCAGAGUUGAACACCAGCCAGGUCCUUCGCUCUUCCUGGGUUAGAACGGUGCUCCUGGGUGUGCUGGACCAGAAAGCGAGUGAGAGGACCUUUCAAGCUACCAUGGAGCGCCGGGUGGCCAUGCUACUCGGGGAGGCAAUGGGAUUAGGCAGACGGGUUAAAAGAGCCACCACCACCGGCAACAGCAGCGUUCAGAUUGUAAGUGCAAGCCGGCUGGUGGGUGCGGACCACCCCUUAGAAAUAGUGUAUUUUGUGGAGGGUCCCAGUGGUCAGAGGAUGCCUGCUGACGAAACGGCUAACCUGCUGAACAACCUGGACGUUCAAAGGGCCGCCAUCGUCUUGGGAUAUCGUGUGCAGGGCAUUUUGGCACAGCCUGUAGAAAAGGUGGCGUCCUCGCCGUCUGACACCGAGAACAACAACAUGUGGGUCGUCAUCGGGGUGGUGAUUCCCCUCCUCGUGGUCAUCGUCAUCAUUUCCAUCCUCUACUGGAAGCUGUGCCGGACAGACAAGCUGGAGUUCCAGCCAGACGCCAUGACCUCCAUUCAGCAGAGGCAGAAGCUGCAGGCUCCCAGUGUGAAAGGCUUCGACUUUGCCAAGCUGCACCUUGGCCAGCAAAGUAAAGAUGAUGUCAUGGUGAUCCAGGAGUCUGUCCCGCCUGGUCCCGGGCCCCUCCCUGUGUCCGUUAAAGAUGGCCUCAGUCCAUCUGAGAAUGGGGAGAUCCCCACGCCUAUUUCCAAAGCUUCCCUCUCAUCCACCAAGGCGUCCCGCACCAGUCGAAGGCGAGAGAGGGUCUCCCCGUCAGACGGUGACUCGGUGGUAAGUGACCAUUCCAGUGAGCGCGAAUCGACCGAGGAGAACCUGAGAGCCCACGCCACGCCCAGCGACAGCAAACACACCCGGAAGGUCCCCAUCAAUGUUUUAAAUGGCAAGAAUAGAAUUGGUCCUCCCCCCAUGAACGGUACAAGCGAGCAGCUGUCCUCGGCCUCCAUCUUUGAACAUGUCGAUCGGAUGUCUCGGGCUACAGACGCGAGCAGGAGACUCCCCAACAAAGUCCAGCUCAUCGCCAUGCAGCCCAUGCCGGUCCCACCGCUGCACAGCCCACCCGUCAACGGCAAGCUGUCCGACACGAACCAGAUCAACAAAGAGAUUCAGGUGGCGUUGAGGCACAAGUCAGAGAUUGAACACCACAGAAACAAGAUUCGUCUACGUGCCAAGAGGAAAGGCCACUAUGAUUUCCCUGCCAUGGAUGAUAUGAUCGGCGGCCUCGGAGAUGCAAAGGACCAAGAUCGCAUUUAUUCGAAAGCACAGACGCAAAUCGAUAAGAUCCUGGACCCAGACGCUCAGAUGCCGUCCAUCUUCAUGGAGCCCAAGAAAAGUGCUCGAGGGAGACGUUCUCCUAAGCAGAGGAUGAAGGAGCAGCUGAAUGGAGGCAUGAUGGAAGCAGACAAAGACCACCUCAUCACUGACGACACUGACGGCGUUUACAGAAAAUGCCCCGGGGUCAACAAUAUUGCCUACGUGUCGGACCCUGACCAAGGCCCAGGAUCCCCUCACAGGAGCCCCUCCCCCACAGAUGACGUCUUCCUCGCCCACGCUUCCUCACCCCCAGGCCAUGCUCCUCCCCCACCCCCCUACAUGCCACCACAGCCCUCCAUUGAGGAGGCUCGGCAGCAAAUGCACUCCCUGCUGGACGACGCCUUUGCCCUCGUUUCGCCCACCUCUCAGGGCAGCACGGCAGGGAUCACCCUCCCCGGGGUCAACAGCAACCCCCCUGUCUCCAGCCCUCCAGGCCGAGGCUCCAGACCUUGGGGACCUUCUUACCAAGCUCUCGGCCCGACUCCUAGAUUCACUGAGCUGGGAAUGUCCUCUCCUGCAGUCCAAGGUCUGACACCAAGGCAGGGCCUUGGCUCAAGCUACCUGCCACCAGGAGAAGCAGCAGGACACGGUGAGCAGCUCCAAGCAGACAGCCUGUACUCCAGCAGGGGCCUCUACGCCGAUGAGCUGCCCUCAUCAGCCAGGCCUCGUCCAGUAGGGGGAACUACAGGCGCCCAGCUCCAUCAUCUGACACAGGUGGGCCUGUCCAGCCGGAUGAACGGUUACCCAGCAGGGGUCAGGGCUGCUCCAGGCCAGAAUGGAGGCAUUGGCUGGAACCAUUACCAUGACGACAAUUUCUCCAGAGUAGAGCCUGAAAAAGAUGCAUUCCUGGAAUGUCCUGAACACUCGUCCUCCUCUAUCUUCCAGAUGCACAGGAGUGGUCUGAGGGAGCCUACAGCACCCCCAGCCCACCUUGACGCCCCAGGAGCGGGCUACAUGACAGCCCCACCGCCCCUCGAUACAUCUCCUCCCACACACUCCUCCGCCUCCCUGAUCAAGGCCAUCAGAGAGGAGCUGUUGCGUCUCUCUCAGAAACAGGCGGCGGUGCCCAGCUACCACAGCUGAAGGCCUGCUGCCAGCCUCCAGCUCUAACCAGUCAUGUCACUGACCCCGCCUGCCUGCUUCGCCUAAUCUGACAAUGCUUCCCAUGGAAGUCCCUGAGGCUGUACAGCAGAGAGAUCGUCCUGCUAGACUGAAGGUGAAGAGGUGGCUCGAUGAGAUUUGUAACUGAAGAAGCUGCUUUUGUGAAAAGAAAUGAGUAACGGGACGGUUGAUAAAGACUCGGAUCAGCCGCAGUAUGACUGUUAUGAACAUGAACAGUGUUUGCCGGACCAGAGAUGAGAGGAAACGGACCUACAGUACGGGGACUCGUCGUGCCUGUGUUUCUUUCCUGCACUUCAUUGUGGAUCAGGAAGGAUGAUACCAAGUUCUGUCUACUGCAGAUCCACGUGUUGGACUUAUUUGAGAUUUUUGCUGCAUUUCUUCAGUAUUCUAUGUCCUGGUUUUAUUCUUACAUCGCCUUCACAAUCAGAAAGUUUUAUCUAAUGUUAGGGCUGGCCCGAAUAGUGGUUUCUGGCCUCCGAAUAUUCGGGCCCUAUUAAAGACGAAUAUCCGAAUAUUCAUUCCGCCCCGUAACGUCCGGGGGGAGGGGCUUGUGGCGGAGACGGCCCAAAUAUUCGGAUCCGUUCGUCUGGUCUCAAAAUUUUGCCUUCGUUUUGUCUUCAGUUAAACAGAAGAAUUCCCAAACAGCGGACGUCUUCAGCAAUAUUCGGAUACCAAAAUUAAUAUCCGGAUACCGCCGUAGCGAACGAAUACUCGGAUAUUCGGGUCCAGCCCUAUCUAAUGUCUUUGUUUCGUUACUUAGGCUGCCGUAGAUUUAUUUCCAUUCCUCAACGCAGGCCCUUACCUGUCCACCAUCAGGUGCUACUUCCUAUUUUCUGCCAUGAUGAGCCAUGCUAUGCCUUGACACUGUGACGUAGUUCACCCGACCACAUCUACUGCUGGAGCCUACAGUGAGGUCAUAGUUCAGACAGCGGGCACACAGGGCCAUCCAUACACAGUAACAACACUCCUUAAUACUACCUAAUCUUUCUUUACUUACUGCAGUAGAACCGUGUUAGUCUGAGCUCAUCUUUUCUGACCUCUUGACUCACAGUGCGUGCUUGUUUUUCCAUGUUAAAGUCCUGUUUUAUACAUCAUUUUUAAUAAUGUUUUUGAUUAAUGUAAUCGACAGCUAGACAAGAAGAAAAAUGGCCUUGAACCAGAGAUCACGCAUCAUUUUAGAGGCAAUUAAUAAAUGACAGUAUGUACUUGACAGUUCUGGACGCUUAUUGCUGUAUGUAUUCAGUGUUUGGUUGUUAUUUGAUGCACUGUAUGCAGACUACUUGGUACAGCUCAGGUCUUUGAAGAGAGAGAUUCGUUGCAGAUGAAUCGGUAAAAAGACGCUCUAAAGGUCAACGUGGAAGAACUGUAAAUUAGGGAAAGUCACACACACCAGUAUUCUGUUUGAACAAAUUUGUGUAUUGACUAUUUACUGGACCAUCUUCUCUGUUUCAUGCAGUAUUUAAAGUUUGUUUUGCCUUUUUGUUCACACAGGAAGGAGAGGAAAAAGCAUACUGUACUUCUCUAUGGUUUACAUCAACCAGUCAUUUUUAAAAUGCUUUGAAUUAACCUCGCCUCGUGGAAUUAUGUUCACCUACAUGUCUCUGAGUCGUCGUACUGGUUGAAGCAUCAUUCUAGGUUACCUUUGUGUUUUUUAGACAUGACAAUCCCCUGACAUGUUGUGAUGUUUUGGGGCCUGAAGUGAUCAUUUAUUUAAGCAAAAUAAAAAGAGAAAGUUCUGGA